ACCCAAGUGUUCCAGACGCGUUUCCAGCCCGGUCCACGGUCGUUGUCGUCGUGGUCCUCGGGUCCGUCUGGCCUCGUUCGUGCUGGUGAGCGCGUGGAGGUCCGUUUGAGGUUCGGUGGGACGGCGACCACCGUCACUUUGAUUCAUGGACUCGACCCGGACCUCAGCUCAAAACAUUAUUAUCACGGGGCGGACACACUGCUGACUUCAUUCAUUUCAUAUCCAGGGAACAUGAAGUUGCCCUUGGGCACCAUGUGCGUCCUGAAGACCGUGCUCUUCAUCUUUGGGGCCGUUUUACUCACUGACUGUGCGAGAGGACCCCCCAGGGUGUCGGAGAAAGUGAGCCACCGGCAGACGGCGCGGCUCGGCAGUGCCGUCAAGCUGCCGUGUCCGGUGGAAGGAGACCCCCCUCCGCUCAUAAUGUGGACCAAGGACGGGCGCAACAUCCACAGCGGCUGGACCCGCUUCCGCAUCCUCCGCAUGGGCCUGAAGAUCAAGGAGGUGGAGGCGGACGACGCCGGGACCUACAUCUGCAAAGCCACCAACGGCUUCGGGAGCGUCAACGUCAACUACACGCUCAUCGUCAUCGAUGACAGAUCUGGACCCAGAACAAGUGACGGUGCCGAGUCUGAGUUGGACCCCGACGUGUUGUCAGAAAAACUUGUGCGUCCGCGCUUCACGCAUCCGGCCAAGAUGAGGAAGCGGGUGAUCGCGCGGCCGGUGGGCAGCUCCGUGCGGCUCAAGUGCAUGGCCAGCGGCAGCCCGCGGCCCGACAUCGCGUGGCUGAAGGACGACGCGCCGCUGACGGAGCGGGACGUCGGCCGCGGCCGCCACAACAGGUGGACGCUGAGCCUGAAGAACCUGAGCCCCGAGCAGAGCGGCCGAUACACCUGCAGGGUCUCCAACCGGGCGGGGGAGAUCAACGCCACCUACAAAGUGGAGGUCAUACAGAGGACCAACUCCAAGCCCGUCCUGACCGGCACUCACCCGGUGAACACCACGGUGGACUACGGCGGCACCACGUCCUUCCAGUGCAAGGUGCGCAGCGACGUGAAGCCCGUCAUCCAGUGGCUGAAGCGCGUGGAGUCCAACGAGGAGAGCCGCUACAACUCCACCAUCGAGGUGGGCGACCACCGCUUCGUGGUGCUGCCCACGGGGGAGGUGUGGUCGCGGCCCGACGGCUCCUACCUCAACAAGCUGCUCAUCACGCGCGCCCGCGAGGACGACGCCGGCAUGUACAUCUGCCUGGGCGCCAACACCAUGGGCUACAACUUCCGCAGCGCCUUCCUCACGGUGCAGCCCGACACGAAGCCUCCCAUCGCUCCCAUGUUCUCGCCCGCCUCCAGCUCGCUGCCCUGGCCCGUCAUCAUCGGCAUCCCCGCCGGCGUCGUCUUCAUCUUCGGCACGGUGCUGCUGUGGUUCUGCCAGAGCCGGAAACACUGCCCCCCUGCGGGCGCUCCGCCUGCGUCUGCGCCGGCUGCGCAGACGCCCCACCGGCUGCCGUGCCGGGAGCGGGGCUGCGCGGCGCCGUCGUCCGGCGCCUCCAGCCCAGAGAAGGACUGCAUGGGCUCCGUGAACUACGAGGAGUACCUGGCGCAGCAGCAGCUCCUCCUCGCCCACGGGGGGGCAGCACUCCCAACCAAGAUCUACCCCAAAAUAUACACAGACAUCCACACGCACACUCACUCCCACGUGGACGGGAAAGUACAUCAGCACCAGCACAUUCAUUUUCAGUGUUAGCCACAGUGUCGGAUCCUCGCUCCUGAGCGACUCUCACCAGGCAUCACUCUUCAAACACAGACUUCCCAGAGCUGGACAUUCUUGGGAGAGUGCAUGUGGGAAACCAGAGGCCAGUUACGCACUGUUAGCUUGGGUUUUUACAUCCAGACUUCCUGUUCGGUGCUUCCUUUUUUACCUUCAUCACACCACUAAACUCUGUCAAUCCUUGUUGUGCACUUAAUACAGAAAGGACAAGGACAUCAGCAGCGUGAGUGGAGUCGCAGGUCGUCGGGACGGCUGAAAGGUCUUCAGCAGCUGAAUUUAGAUUUUCCUAUUGGAAACGGUGGCUGAAUGGAGAUUAGGGUUUACCUUUGACAUCAGCUGUUGGAGCGCAGGGGUAAUGUAGAUAAAACGGUACUCUAGAUUACAAAAGAGCUGGUUUUCUGCUCCUUCUCAGGUAGACCUUUGUUUAUUAAAGAUGCAUAAUGUUUGCAGUUCUGACCACUAUGCUUCAUACGACCAUCCCUCACAUCCGUUCUUAUGGCCUUGCUUGAGACUGCAAGGGAUGGAGGACUCAUUUCCAUUUUCUAAACUGGUCUCUAUCAUUUUACAUUCUUCAUGUAGGUCUUUUUUAAAGUUAGCCAGUAGCUUGAGAUAAAAGUGUGGAGGAUGAGUCCGUCUGACUGACACCUCGUCCACACAACGUUUAUGAAGCUGGAGCCAUUUAUAAUCACUUUGAGUCAUGAAUAUUUAAUUUAUUUUGCUAAAAAUGUAUCAAAUUUUAUUUUUCAGAGUAAGGUGUUUUACAUAUCUAUGUAAUGUUAUUAAAGUAUACUGACGUUGUUGUAUAUAGUACAUGUGCAGUACGUGCCAGUAUUUAGGUGUCUGUCUAUGUAAUUGGUUAUAUUUGACAAUCUUGUAUGAUGCAUUCUAUUCACGGCUCAGAACCAAAUCACCUAAACGUUUGGUAGUUUGAUUAAAUGACCUGAAACUCA